AUGUUUUUAAAGAAGACAAUGUCGGGUGUGAGAGACCUGUCGAGGGGAAGACCAAUCUCGCGUGUUAUCCUGGAUCGUUUCGCAGGUAGUAUUUCGUCUGAGUCAUUUUCCUUUGAGUCGGUCCUGGAAGAUGCUUGCAGGAGAGCAAACGUCGCAGUUUCGGCGGCUCCAAGUUCCAUUGCUGAUAUCAAAUGGUGGCGCAAACUCUGCACCGCCUGUGGCAAUAAGACAUCUGCGUCACGAUGCGGCCUUGCUAUGUUGCGGCAGCGACUCGUACGAGCGCUAUCGGAACGUUUAGCUACGGAGGAGGUGUUUCGUUUGAAUGGAUACGAAAUUGGAAAGGAGAUAGUGGACGAACCAGUGGUAGUGUUGGGGCUACCCCGCUGUAAUGGACAUCAAGCAGCUCAUGUGCUUUCUCGCUCAGGGGUUUUUCUUGCCUUUAAGCAGUGUGAUACGAUAUCUCCUUCACUUCUUCUUGAUGUAGAGCGGCACGAUGCAUUCCAGCGAGAGUUUAGGUGGUUUAAAUCCCUCUAUCCCGACUUUUGCUGUGUACGGACAGUGAAUCCCGGACAGAUCGAUGAUGACCUGACCUUGCAGUUAAUGUGCCCACAGUCCUACGCUUGGGGACUUUUGCAUGGGUUAGACGAAUAUCUAUUGGAGUGUUUGCAGGAGGAUCAAACUCCCGUGUACGAGCAUAUUAAACGCAUGUGUCAGCUUUUUCAGUGGUAUAAAAGAUGCGGGCAUUUUUCAGAAUGUGUGUCUCAGGAAGUUAACCCGAUUAAUAAUGUUAUAGAGGAGCAAAAAUAUGGCACCAAAAAUCCACUGACGCGGACGCGGUGGCUUAUCUUUAGCCCUCUUGCACUUUUGAGUAUCGAAUCGCUCUGUGAGGUGUUUCCUGAUGUUAAAAUUAUCUGGGUUCACCGGGCACUUUCGCAGUGUAUACCGUCGCUGUGCUCAGCUCUAGCUCUCCAUAACAGUCUCUACACGGGGAAACCCCCUAGUGAUACCCAAUUGGUGACGAUGGGUGACAAGGUUCUGGGAAUGUUUGGUUCUGGGACAGAACAUGCCAUUGACUUUCUUGCUAGUUUUGAAAAAUCCAGGAUGGUUCAUUGGUCUAAUCGUGAUCUGAAGAGACACACAACCCGUUUAGCUACAAAAACCCUACAACACUACGGCAUUGAAGUGGACAGAUACCGUAAGAUGCAAAUGAUUAACGGACAAACUGAGUACACGGAGGUGUUUCGACCACUCCAUGAUUCGCAAAUGCGAUACUUUGGUUUACAUGACGGCAUUAUCGGCGAAGUUUUUGAGCGCUAUAUUUAUCAAUUCGAGGAGUUUGCGUUCGAGCGUAAAUAUGGUGUCACUGUUGAAGAGUAUCAACCCCUUGCAGCUGCUUCAGAGCAACAGUCUCUUGGAUCGAUGCGUGUGAAUAGCGGAGAAAACAGUUUGCCAUCAUUUACUGAUGAUCAGCCGAUGACAGGCCACUUUUUGCAGGAGGGAAAGGGGUUUAAGUAA